UCCUCAUCUCUAGCUUUGGUUCCCAGCUUCCGUUUCUAAUUUGUCUUCUUCUUCCCUCAGCAGAGACUGGUCUCUGCACCAUGGUCCCUGCAAUCGUGGUGGUCAUUCUUCACUUGAUGGGUACUCUGCACUUUUCGACUAAUUGAGGCUCAGUUCCGAUUUGGGUUUUUGGCUACAAUGGAGGUGGGGCUUGUUGCGCUGCUCAGAACUGCGUGGAUUGCAGCGACAUUGCCUUUACUCAUAGCUUCGUUGCCCUUUUCUUGGCUCAACCCUGUUCAUAAAACCGUUUUGGCGUUUGCCAAGAGAGGGAAGACCAUGUCUUCUUCACGGAGAUUCACAGUUCCUCAAAAGUUCUUCUGCCAUUUCUAUGUGCUGGCUGUUGUGUGGACAACCCUACUUCUUGUUACAACUUGGAUGUAUGCAUAUAAAAUCGUUCCAAUGUAUGUGGACCCAUUUCUUUAUCCUACAUUUGCCAGCCGCUUUACUGGAGGUUCACAUAUCAUUUCCUGGCGCAAGUCUCCAUCAGUUCCUAUGGGUUAUAGAUAUAGCGUCUGGCGUUCUGUCUUUUUGCUUUUGUUGAUGGAAGUUCAAGUUGUGAAGCGGCUAAUUGAGACAAUAUAUGUAUUCAAGUAUAGCUCCACUGCUAGGAUGCACAUCUUUGGGUAUCUGACUGGCCUCUUUUUCUACACAGCUGCACCCUUGUCACUUUGCUGCAAUAAUUUUCUGGAGGUCUAUAACUUUUCCGUUAAUGGAGUGGCUGAAUUUAUUGUCAAAGGCAAGAAGAAUGCUAUGCAAGAUCUGGAUUUUGAUUCUUUGGAAUUUAUUAGUUCUUUUCUGAAGCUUGGUUGGCUCCAGUGGAUUGGUGCUGCUUUAUUCUUUUGGGGUUGGAUCCAUCAGCGCCGCUGUCAUGAAAUUCUUGGCUCAUUACGAGAACACAGUGAACAAAAUGUAUAUGUGAUUCCUCAUGGGGAUUGGUUUAAAAUUGUAUCAUCUCCACAUUAUCUUGCUGAGAUAGUUAUAUAUGCCGGUCUUGUGGUUGCUAGUGGAGGAGCAGACCUCACAAUCUGGUUACUAUUUGGAUUCGUGGUGUCAAACCUGGUGUUUGCAGCAGCAGAAACACAUAGGUGGUACCUUCAAAAGUUCAAAAGUUACCCCAGAAAUCGGCGUGCCAUUAUUCCAUUUUUAUACUAAGCGAAAGUGUAAUAGCUUGUGUAUAGGUGAUUUGAGUGUAAAGCUUCAUGGAUGCUUGGACCAUCAUUCAGAGCAGCUUCGUUGUUGCUCACCAAUAAGUUCAUACAAAGGUCUAAAUGUUUGCCUUCACAGAGAAAUAUUCUUAAAUAUGUAAAUCAAGAUGACACAGCCAAUUCCAGUCAAUGAAUAAGCAGAGUUUUAGUGAGAAA